UACUCAGUAGCCGCCGGUCACUCUCACCAUCACCACCUCUCACCUUCUCGUCCCUCUCAUAUUUGUGUCGCAGCUACUCCCACGUUUCACCUGCUACGACGAGGAUGACCUACCACCUGGCCUACCUUGACCUUCGGGCUCGAGGGGAACCCGUGAGGUGGAUCUUGAGGGCCCUCGACGUCCCCUUCACAGAGGAGAGGAUAGACUUGUUAGAAAACUGGAUAGGCAGGAAGCAUGAGUUCGAGUGGGGCCGUGUUCCCGUCCUUGUGUGUGAAGGACAGCAACUGCACCAGACCACCACCAUCUGUCGUUACCUGGGGGAGAAGCAUCACCUGGCCUCCACUGACAUCUGGAAAGCAGCACUCCAGCAGGAGGUUGUCGAGGCCUUCCACGAUGCAUCUGCUCAUGUUGCUUUCACUUUCUUUGCUAGGAUGCGUCAGGACAAGGUGCAGCAACAGUUCAUGUGGGAAAAAGUGAAGACCCGCCUGCCAGAACUCGUGCAGAUACUGGAGGCCCGCAUCACCGACCAAGGCUGGAUUCGCUCCUGUAAGAUGACAUGGGUGGAUGUGUUCGUGGCAGCAUACCUGGAUUUGUACAAGGAUUAUCUGCCAGGGCUUCUGGAUAGUUUUCCCAAGUCUAAAGAACUCAUGGAUCGUGUCAAGGCCCUGCCAUCUAUUAAGGCAUGGAUAGAGAAAAGGCCUAACUGGCACAAGUUUGAGGAGCCUCAAGGACUUGUUUAGUCUGCUACAACUCGUACACAGUUUUAUACAGAUAUUAAUUUACAUAAAUUGAUUUUCACAACAAAUUCAACUGCAAUAAUUUUUUUUAUUGUAUACUUUAUAAUUUUCAGUAAAUUCUAUGUCUUUAC